AUGUGUGAGCUUAUGAAAUCGUGGAAAGGGAUAACAGAUUGAAGCAACCGUGCCGUGCCCACUAGCGGCACAAUCCCACCAGCCGCUUGCACACACAUCCGUCUCACACUGGGCAGCGGAGCCACCACGUGAGAAAUCUUCAGAGGAUCGCCGAGUCCCUCGCUAAAAUCGUUGGCUGGGAUCGCUGGGCUGGGGAUGCUUGCAAGAGGCAACUGCCCGUGGCUCUGCGGAUCACAGGAAUACUGUGAAAGGAAGACACACCUGGGUCUGAACAGUUGUGGAUCAGCACCUGAAAGCAGCAUUUCUUGCCAGUUGGGUAGACCCGCCACUAUUCAGCAGGAAAUCCUUUCCUUUCUUCAACUCUCACAUAUCUGCUUGAAAGAUCCUGAACCAUUGCAACAAUAGAGAGAUUCCGCAUCAGAGCAUCAUUGCAGAAUUGCGAAUGUGAACAAAGUUAUUUACAUUUCUGAAUAAUUCUUUUGAUAGCUUGAAAUUAAAUUAGAUAUCUAUCGCAAAUGUCCUCACUGACUCUUAUGUGACUGUGAUAGUUAACCUUCUAAUGCACAUUGAUGGUGAUUUUCUGCUGAUACAACAUGAAGGAUUGCUGAUACACAUUUAAUUAUAUUCACAAUAUGUUAUGCGGUGAUAACGUGCAUUGUGUGUAAUCUUACAUUACAAAUGUAAUCGGCCAAUUACUGAUUGGUACAGGAGCGAUGGCAAUCUAUAGCUUGCAUCAUUUACAUUUCCUUGGUUGGCACAUGAUUAGUCAUUGAACUGAUUCUUGUUUUAUUACACAUCAUGUGCAAUUUGGUUCUCUGAAUAUAUAUAAACCAUCCGCCCAAAAUGGAUAUUGAGGAAAAAAAUAAAAGUAAUAUCACUGUUAUGUCCGAUAAUGCUAACAGCACAUCCUUAUAUGGACAAGGUCCCCCAUCAUGGGAUGAUUAUAAUGGAAGCAUACAUGAUAUCAGAUAUAUACUGGUUGGAAUUUACACAUUGAUAACAGUUCUGGGGCUUCUUGGUAACUUUUGUGUUGUGGUUGCUUUGUGCAAAAACUUAAAGCAGAAAUCAAUGAUUAAUUUUCUGAUUGGAAAUUUAGCGUUAUCUGACAUUUUAAUUCUGUUAUUUUGUUCUCCAUUUACAUUGACUUAUGUACUUCUGGAUCAAUGGAUCUUUGGGGAAAUCAUGUGCUAUAUAGUACCAUUUGUUCAGUGUGUAAGUGUUAUGGUUUCUAUACUAAUGCUGAUGUCAAUUGCUAUGGUUAGAUAUCAGAUGAUCAACAAUCCAUUAUCCAAUAAUUUCACCAUAAAUACAGGUUACGUGUUAAUGGGAACUGUGUGGAUUAUUGGAUUCACGAUUUGCUCACCAUUACCCAUCUUUCAUAAAAUAAUAGACCUAAGUGAAACUGUUCACUUGGUGUCCUUAAAAAAUAAAUUCUUAUGUAUUGAGGCAUGGCCUUCUGAUUCUUACAGAUUCGCCUAUACCUUGUCCUUGUUAUUCAUUCAGUAUAUUUUGCCUAUAGUUUGCCUAACAAUCAGCCACGCCAGCGUGUGCAGGAAGAUUAGUGCCACGGUGCCAAGCACACAAAGUAGAUCUGAUGAGAAUGAAAUGAUAAACUUAACGAUACACCAGCCAGCUAACAAGCUUUCGGCCACGCAGCACUCAAAGAUACAAGGAUGGAACUAUUCCCUUCUGAGGAAACACAAGAAGAGGUACAGUAGGAAGUGCGCCACUGUCGUGCCUGCCAUGGUCAAAGUCCACAAGAAUGACCUGGCACACAAUGGUUCGAACAGUGCGCAACCUCUGCCCGCUUCCUUUCUACCAGGUGUGCCCAUUUGCUUUGAAGUGAAACCAAUGGAAUCAGAGGGGGCCACUGACCCACAUAUUAUUCCUGUGACAUCCAAAUCCAUCACCAGAUUGAGGAAGCGAUCACGCAGUGUUUUCUACAAGCUGACCAUCGUGAUCGUUGCUUUUACUGUCAGCUGGAUGCCUCUACAUAUCUUUCAUCUAUUAACCGACUUCAAUGACAAUCUGAUUUCCAACAGACACUUCAAGCUGGUUUAUUGCAUUUGUCACUUGUUGGGAUUGCUGUCCUGUUGUCUGAAUCCUAUACUAUAUGGAUUCUUGAAUAAUGGUAUCAAAUCCAGUCUACAAUCCUUGGUCAAAUGCUUUUGGGUAAAAUAAUACCCAGAGAGGACAGAAGUUGGGGUUUGUCAUAUCCAGCUUACUCAGUCAUAUGAACAGUGAAUUAAUACCAGGUCACUGAAUUCAAUUUGACAGUAUGGCUCUGAUCAAUACAUGGUCCUAAAUCAAUCGAACUCAUUCCCUGAUGUACUAUACUAAAGGUUUUGUUAAAAUAACUCGCUAUCUUACUGAAAUCAUGAUGGGAAAUUUAAUAUAGAUUUUUACUGAGUUUUACAGUGGUAUAUAAACAAGAAGUAACCGUUAUAUUGUGAUGUUAUUCAUUUUGUCAAUUUGAUAACAAUUAGAGGUUCCAGAAAUAUUCAUAAAAUGAGCUAAUGUAAAAAAGGGAAUUUUUUGCUUGUUGAUUUAAUAUUUAUUGACUCAAUGAACCAAUUACACAAUGUGGUCUUGUACUUUUUUAAAGUUCAGUGAUAUUUUUAGGCUUCAGAUAUUAUCAAAGGAAACAUUGAAAACCAAGAUUUUGAUGUCAAGCUGUUUUGAACCAAAGAGAAAUCACUAUUCCAGUCAUCUUCACACCUUUCAUUCUGACUUAAUGUGAAAGGAGGUCACAAAUGCAGACAAUACGAAAUAUAUAUUCCAUGCCACUAUCAAAAGCAACCCCUCAAUCAUACGCUAAAACCAAUGACUCUAAAAUAUCUUAUUUUACCAGUCUGUCAUAGUGUUUCAUGUUCUGUGCACUGCUUGCAAUUUACAAGUUUAAAACAGUUUUGAAAGCAGAACUGUAUUAAAAGUCAUUCGGUAAAGCAUAUUUGUGUGUGCAGAAACAGAAUAUUGUUACUUUAAACCGUGUCAUUGCAUCACUUUGAUGCCGUGUCCUUUGAUUUUGAUGAUUCUUUUGAGAAUGAUUCAUUGUUGAUAUAAUACACCUUCAACAAUUUUUUCUCUCACAAUAACACCGAUGCCAUCACUGAUUGCUGAAUUCAUUUGCCAUUAAAUGUCAGACAAAAAGAAGUGUUUGAUAAGGUUUCAUUUAAAAAAUAUAUAAUUUACUUUAAGCAACUUAUAUUUUAAAAUGAUCUGAACUGGUAGUUUAAUUAGUUAUUUUUUAUUAUAACCUGUUAGAUUGUCAUGAUAUUCUGACCAAUUGAAAAUUGUACACUUACUCUGCAGAACAUUGUUUCUGGUUGAAACAUUAUAGAAGAAAAUUACAAAUUGAUCCUAACUACAAUAAAUGUUAAUUAUUAAAGACUAAAAAAUAGUAAAUAAAAUUAGAAGAGAGUGAUGCAUUUAGAUUAUUAUAUCUUUUCAUAUUUACAUAUGGCUGUAUGGUAAUUCGCACAUCACUGUAUGUUAAUUGGUACAUGUGACAACAAAAGACCUUUGAAACCUUUGAAAUUUACACCUGCAUGCAUUAGUUAAAUGGUUGUGGAAGUAAUGACUUAACUCAGUUUCAUUUAGUUAGUAUGAAUUUGAUUGAUUUUGGUGAGAUCUAAUUUCACUUUGCAUCGAAUGUCGUUGCUUGCUGAUAUGCUGAUAAUAGCAGUUUACAAUGGCGCAUUUUUGGCUGUGGGCACUGAUACGGACAAAUGAUGCCUGGAAUGCUGAAAUAUAAACUUUUGUGUUGUCUGAGUAUGUAAACACUUAAACCCUUAUUUGUCAUUAUGCUCUGGCCUGUUUUAUAAGUACAUUCCUAUGCUUCAAUGCUCCAGUAUGUUCUGCUAAAGAGAAUGCAGAAUUAAAACAAAGAACUUCCAAGUAAGAAUUUGUUUUGCAAAUGAAAUGAAUCAAAGUUGAAAUGGAUGCUUAUUUGGGAAAAAAACGUGUUUUCUUAUUUGAAUAUUGUAUUUAUAACGAAUCGUGCACAUUAUUUCCAUUUGGUAAUGAAAUAAUAUUAUGUAAAGCUUGAAAUUG